CCUGCGAGCUGCCGUCGCUGGCGGCGCGGAGGGAGCCGGGAAAGGACGGUAGUCUCUGCCCAGCUCCCCGAGGUACGCUCCGUGGUCGGACGCUGCUGGUUCUGGCGGCGCCCCAGCGCUUUGCCGCGGGCUCGUCUGCGUUUGUUCCGGGCGUUUCUGCCCUGCGGGAUUGCUGCUCGUCGCGGGCGCUGGAGCCUGUGCCCGGGGUCCGGAAGCCGCCGGGAGGAGCCGCUCUCCCCUCCGCGGGGACGGGCGAGGUGCGUGGGGAGCGGGGCGACGCCGAGCGGGCGCAGGUGGCGCGGAGACGUCGGCGCUGCAGAGCCGGGUAGUGAGCGCGUGUUAGGGACGCCAGUGUAGAACAUUUCACUGUCCAGGCGAGCACCCGAAAGGUGUCUGUCUAACGAGAUAUAAAGAGAUUUCCUGGAAGUGGAGUAUAAGUUUUCAUAACCACAUUUGCAUUGUGCUGCAGCCAUGUUUGGGAGAUUGACUUUUCCACAACUGAUUUUUGCUAGCAUCCUUGGAAUUGCUGGAGGAAUAUAUAUUUAUCAACCAAUAUUCGAACAGUAUGCCAGAGAUCAGAAGGCAUUACAAGAAAAAUUGAAAUUGGCACAAGAGAAAGAAGAGAAGAAAAGUUAAUAAAUACUACAAUAAUCAGUACUCCCUAACUUGUAGUUUUGCUUUCAUGGUUUCAGGUACCUGUAGGCAACCACAGUUCAAAAAUAUUAUUGAUAAAUGGAAAAUUUUAGAAGUAAACAGUUCAUAAGUUUUCAGUUGCACAUCAUUUGAGUAGUGUGAUGAAAUCUGUGCUGUCCCGUUCUUUUGUUCCUAGAGCACGAAUCAUUCUUUUCUCUAGUGUCUCCUACUGUAUAUGCUCCCUGCCCAUUAGUUACUCAGUACCUGUUUCAGUUACCAGAUCAGCUGUCAUAGUAUUGUAAUGCUUGUGUUCAAGUAACCCUUAUUUUACUUAAUAAUGGCCCGAAAGCGCAAGAAUAGUGAUAUUGGCGAUUCAUAUAUGCCAAAGAGAACCCAUAAUGUGCUUCCUAUGAGUGAAAAGGUGAAAAUUCUUGACUUAAUAAAAAAAAAAUAUCAUAUGCUGAGGUUACUAAGAUUUAUAGUAAGAAUGAAUCUUCUAUUUGUGAAUUUGUGAAGAAGGAAAAAGGAAUUCGUACUAGCUUUGUUGUUGCACCUCAAACUGCAAAAGUUACAGCCACAGUGCGUGAUAAGUGCUUAGUUAAGAUGGAAAAGGCCUUUAAAUUUGUGGAUGGAAGACAUGAACAGAAAAUGUGUUCCAACUGAUGGCAGUAUGUGGCUCCAGAAAGCAUUGAGCCUAUAUGAAGACUUCAGCAAAGGGUCCUCGGAAGCAAGUGACACCAAGCCAUUUACUGCAAGUAAGGGAUUACACGGAUUCAGGAAUAGAUUUGGACUGAAAAAUAUUAAAAGACACAUUGGUGGAGAAAGAUAUGCUGAUAUAUGUAAUGAAGAAGUGAAAAAACAAAUUGAAUGCCAUGAAGAAGUAUUAAUGAAUGAAGAAUUGGAAGAACUUGUUGAUUUAUCCACAGAGGAAGUGGAAGAAACGGAAGCAGAACCAGCAAUGUGGACAUUACCAAAAUUUGCUGAAGUUGCGCAGACACUGAAGGAUAAAAUGAUGGAAUAUGAUCCUUGGGUAGAACACAGCAUUAAAGUCACCCAUAUGAUCACCAAAGGACUACAACCUCUGCAGCAACACUUUGAUGAGCUAAAAAGAAAGAAACAACUCCCAAUUACAGUUGUUAAAUAAAGUUUGUAAGAGAGCAUCGAUCAGGGGUUGACUCCUGCACUGGGCCAAUAUACCACAUGCAUCGAGAGUUCAUUUAGUUUUGGAACUUCAGUUAAUUGUGGGAGACCCUGUUACCAAUUAAAAGCAAUUAACUUGUCUCUGUACCUCACUGCCAGAGUCUCUUUGUUUCUGAGGGUUGUCCAGUUUAUGAAUCAUUUUAAUUUUUUUCUUUUGCUCAAAUAAACUCAGUUAAAUUUAAA